AUGUAUCUCACAGAAAUCAGUAAGCCACUGUUGGCGUUUUGGCUGACCGUGUUUGUCGAUCUCAUCACAGCCGCACCGGAACUCGCUUUCCCGCUCAAUUCUCAAGUUCCACCAGUUGCAUACGUAUCGCAACCAUACAACUUUGUAUUUUCUGCCGAUACUUUCACCUCGAACGCUCCGCAGAUCUCCUACACAAUCACACAUGGCCCAAAGUGGCUCGAUCUUGACGGCCCUUCUCGGCAGUUCCAAGGUGUGCCAGACAGCAGCGAUGUAGGCACAACAACUUUGCAACUGGUCGCUUCAGACCCUACGGGAGAUUUAUCAACGAGCAUUACACUUAUUGUGCUCGGAUCUCCUACUCUAACACUCGGCACACCUCUGUUGCCUCAACUAGAAGAAAGUGGCCUCAUUUCCCCACCAAGUUCAUUACUUGCGCAGCCACAGCAGCCAUUUCAUGUUUCCUUUGAAACGCAUACCUUCACUGGCGCCACGCCCGAUACAAGAUACUACGCGGUUUCGGCCGGCAAUGCUCCUUUGCCUCCGUGGGUGCAUUUCGAUGAAGAUCAGCUCGAGUUCUCUGGCAUAACUCCUGCGUUGGUAUCCUCAUUAGCUGGGUCUCAAACGUACGGCUUGAGACUUAUUGCUUCGAAUGUGCCUGGGUUUGCAGAAUUGGCUAUUGACUUCCAACUUGUUAUUAGCCGGAGGAUACUGGCAUUUUCAGCCGCCACGCAAAUCGCCAACAUCUCAACUGGUACUCGAUUCCAAGCUUUGCCACUCCGGCCACUAAUCACACUCAACGGGGCUCCCGUCACUGACGAUCAGAUUGACAGCAUAGAUGCGGAUGUCCCGGCUUGGGCAGAGCUGGAUCGAAACGAAUUGUCUUUAAGUGGUACCCCUGAUGAUUCUGUCAGCACUACUAUCACUAUCACGGUCACAGAUAUCUAUCAUGAUGUUGCUAAUGCAACCAUCUUUCUCGAGAAUACUGGAAGUUCAAGUGUUUCUCUUGGAGUCAUAGGUGUCGUCAAUGUAACAGCCGGGGAAUACUUUUCAUACUACUGGACCUCUCCAACCUACUCUCCUUGGGUCCGAGCUGUCGCGACCCUAGGUAAUGCAUCAGCAUGGCUUGAUUUUAAUGCUCAAACCUGGGCUCUCUCAGGGUCAGUGCCCCAAGAUCUACCCGGACAGACACUCAGUGUUUCCAUCACCUUCGCGAACGCAUCAACAAAUGCAACAGGAGACGUGAUUAUACAAGUCCUUCAGAAACCCUUCGCUACUGCAACUGCACCAACGCAUUCUACGACGCCACCGACGAUUUCCAGAGCUAGUGGCACGAGCAAAGCAUCUGAGCGUGCAAUGAGUUCUCCGCAUGGCAACACAUCCAACAACCAUCUGCUGCAUAUCGUACUGGCCUGUGUCUUUUCUGUUGGUGGAGUACUGCUCGCGGUUUCUCUGGUUCUGUGUUGUCUAAGAAGGAGAAGGAAGAACAGAGGAAGAAACAUCGCAUCAUUCGAAGAGGGCUCGGAUCGUGCCGAUGGGCAUUCACAUGAGCCAUCGAAUCAAUCUGCACAAGAUGCCGAAACCAUUGCCCAUAUACCCGAUAACCAGCAUAUCAGCCCUCCAAAUCUCUCUACUCCGAACCCUGCGCAGUCUACUGAGUGUUUGGAGAACUCUAGGCAGGGAUUAUCAAGCACCAAACGCCCACAUCCCCUUACGCAGCAUCGGACUACACAAGUCUUCACUCCUGGAAGUGUUGUGGCUCCCCAACUUGAAGCCAUUGAAGAAUUUGACAGGACGGCAAGUCCUGCAUUCGAAUUCUUGCCGACCAACCCGAGGUUGUCGGUGCCUUGGGCCCCAGCAAUCCAGAGCAGCUCAUUGGCAGCAGGAUUGCAGAGUCAACAAAGGAACUCGACCAUCACUGCCCAGUCAAGCAUGAUGCCAUCCGUGGUAGGCUUGCCUGACAGAAAGAGUGGCGCCGGACAUGGUGGCGGCAUUCUGAUCCCCUCUGAUGUCAACACAGAUCAGACGUCCUGGCGGAACACCUGGGCCUCUAAUCUAUCAAAUGACUGCAGAAGGACUACGCUGGUGUUGGAUUCAUUCCCGGCACCCCCGGUGGAUGGAGCGACCGCUGCUAGGACCGGUGUUCUGACAAAGAGUCCAGUUCCCUUUAUGCGCAUGGUCCCGGAAGAUAGCAGUCAGCCUCUAUCCUUUGAGGAGCAGCGUCAAAGAUGGCAUACCGAACGGGCACGGGCUAGGUUAGAAGGGUCUGCAAGAUUUUCGAAUGCAGGCUCGGCACGGCUGCUGGUGUCACCGCGAUACAAGUGGGCUCGGAACACCGCAGCGCUGGCGAAGCGAAAUCCACAAACACCGACACCAAUGGCUAGAGAAUCUAAGGCAAUGGGCGCCCGAGAUUUUCCCGAGCCCUCGUGGUCGAUGUGGUCCGGCCUUGAGCAUGAGGUCGACGAAUCUGCUCAAAUCGGUGGGUUUAUCUCCUCUCAAAACGGCAACACGCCUGUGCUGAGGAAACAGCGCAGCAUUGCGAGCAGCGGGCAGUUUGAAUCGAUCACUUCUUCAGACAGCUACUUGGAGGACAAAGCCCCGUCAGCCGAGGAAACAGAACCUGAUACGCAAAGAGGGCUGGCUAAUCGCGGCUCGCAAUCCUCACCACGGUUGCCUUUGAACCUCAUCUUGCACUCACGAGAAAAUGUGGGGAACCAUGAGGGCGCAAUGAAGAGAUCUGAAGAGGGCUGGCGAGGGAGUUUCCGAUUUGUAUGA